UGCAUGGUAUGGUGACUAAUAAUCACAGCUAUCCCUGAGCACUUGUUAUUAAGAAAUGGAAAUCCUAAAAAACUUUCAGGAUAAUCCCGGUAUCACGGCGCAGUUAUCCUUAUGUAUUUCCACACAGUACACAGAGGCCACAAUAAUCUGACGACUGAUGAGCAGGGACGCAGAUAAGCCCCUGCACCAACAUACGUUUGUGGAGUUGUGUAGUUUGCAUGUACGCUCGUAUCAAGAGACAAAAUGUGCCGUGCUGGCGCCUCCUGUCGACAGUUACGGGUCACUGCCGGUGCACAGAGCUGCAGAAAGACAGGAGUAUUCUCAGAUUUCCCGAUUUCUCCCAGCCGAGUCCGCUGUGCAGCUUCCACAUCACGGCCGACAGCAAACCGAGACGACGACGACGACGACAUGCGCCCAGCGUGCCCCAAUUCCGCAUUCAUUACCGAAGGCCAGCGUCGUCCCAAACCCAUCUAGAUCCAGACAAGCUCCAGAACAGACCCCGCCACCACACCACACCAAAGCAAGUCAUCUGGUGUCCAGUUGGUUCCCAUCUGUCAGGAGAAUCGAUCCUAACGGAAUGGUGCCUCUGAGAUGACCUGCAUGACCUCACUUUUCUCAAGAGAUCAUUCUCCAAUCAAAAGAGCGGAGAGAAAUCUCGCCGGGACAUGGUUGGCAGGUUCGCAUGAUGGACAGGUGAUGGAGUCUUCCAUCAUCUUUCUCCACCAGUGACUCGGCCUGCCAGCCCUUCCUCUGAGGUAGAAGUGUGUACGAGCAGUGCAAGGCCUCCCAUCUCUCUGCCAUGGUGACAUAAGCAGUGCUGCAAUAUGAGGGAGAGCCAGCUCGAGACCGUCUCAUUUCUUUCUCCAGUAGCUGCUCCAGCUGCUACCUUAGCAUUUGUAUUUCGCUGCUUAACGAGACUGACUUUGUUGUGAAUAAUUCCUGCUUGGCGUUUUCUACCCACACCAAGAGAGACUGUCCUCGAGGCGUGUUGCUGGGCCGGUGGGGCGGAGAGGCGUGGCUUGAGACGAUGCUGGGAUGCAUGACACGAGUUCGUCGGCUGGUCCGUCUCCUCCCCCUCCAGACCUCACUCCUCAUCCUCUUCCUUUUCUGUACUGUCAGCGUCUUCAUUUCUGCCUACUUCCUCUAUGGCGUCAAGCGGGAGCUGGAGCCAUCGGGAGGUGGCGUUUCCGGGGCCGAGGGAGCAUCUGCUGACUCCGAUGACCCGAGGGUCACUCCGUCCCGGCUUCUACCUUUGCGGAGCGUCUCAGGGGGCCCCAGGGUGGAUCCCGGAGGGGCCAGGACAGAUCCUGUGGUUCUGGUUUUUGUGGAAAGCCAGUAUUCUCAACUGGGUCAGGAGAUUGUGGCCAUCUUGGAAUCUGGCCGGUUCAGGUACCGGACUGAGAUCUCUCCCGGUAAAGGGGACAUGCCCACAUUGACAGACAAAGAAAGAGGGCGUUUCACACUGGUGAUUUAUGAAAACAUUCUCAAGUAUGUUAACUUGGAUGCCUGGAACCGAGAGCUGCUGGACAAGUACUGUGUGGAAUAUGGAGUGGGCAUCAUUGGCUUCUUCAAGGCCAAUGAAAACAGUCUGCUCAGUGCGCAGCUGAAAGGCUUCCCUCUCUUUCUGCACUCUAACUUGGGUCUGAAGGACUGCACAGUCAACCCCAAGUCCCCCCUGCUCUUCAUCACUCGAUCUGGGCAGCCUCUGCCAGGUCCACUCCCUGGGGACGACUGGACCGUUUUCCAGUCCAACCACUCAACAUACGAGCCUGUGUUGUUAGCCAAGACACAAUCAGCAGAGAGUGUUGCAUCGAUGGGCCAGAACGCUGCUCUGCUCCCAUCAGUGGUUCAGGACCUGGGGCUCCAUGAUGGUAUCCAGAGGGUCCUGUUUGGCAACAACUUGGUCUUCUGGCUGCAUAAGCUGGUCUUUGUAGACGCUGUGGCCUUUCUGACAGGAAAGAGGCUCUCGUUGUCCCUGGAGCGCUACAUCCUGGUGGAUAUAGAUGACAUCUUUGUGGGCAAAGAGGGUACGCGCAUGAAGGUGCCUGAUGUGAAGGCCCUGCUGGAGACACAAAGGGAGCUGCGCACUCAUGUGCCCAACUUCACAUUCAAUCUGGGCUUCUCAGGGAAAUUCUUUCACGCUGGAUCCGACGAGGAGGACCUGGGAGACGACCUGCUCCUUUCGUAUGUGAAGGAGUUCUGGUGGUUCCCUCACAUGUGGAGCCACAUGCAGCCCCAUCUGUUCCACAACCAGUCUGUGCUGGCUGAGCAGAUGUUGCUCAACAAGAAAUUUGCUAUGGAGCAUGGGAUCCCCACUAACAUGGGUUAUGCUGUGGCACCCCACCACUCAGGCGUCUACCCUGUCCACAUGCAGUUGUAUGACGCCUGGAAGAAGGUGUGGGGCAUCAAGGUGACCAGCACAGAGGAAUACCCGCACCUGAAGCCUGCUCGUUUCCGGCGAGGUUUCAUCCACAGCGGCAUUAGUGUGCUGCCCAGGCAGACUUGUGGUCUUUUCACACACACAAUCUUUUAUAAAGACUACCCAGGCAGUCCGAACGAACUGGACAAGCUCAUCAAUGGAGGAGAGCUCUUCCUCACUGUCCUACUGAAUCCUAUUAGUAUCUUCAUGACCCAUCUGUCCAAUUACGGGAACGAUCGCCUAGGCCUGUACACCUUCAAAAGCCUGAUGAUGUUUGUCCAGACGUGGACCAACCUUAAGGUGCAGACCCUGCCACCUGUUCAGCUGGCUCAGAAAUACUUCAGCCUGUUCCCUUCCGAGAGAGAUCCACUCUGGCAGGAUCCUUGUGAGGACAAAAGGCACAAGGACAUCUGGUCCAAAGAGAAAACAUGUGACCGCUUCCCCAAGCUGCUUGUGAUCGGGCCUCAGAAGACAGGGACGACAGCGCUCUACCUGUUUCUUGGCAUGCACCCUGACCUGACCAGUAACUACCCCAGCAAGGAGACCUUUGAGGAGAUCCAGUUCUUCAAUGGGCACAACUACCACAGAGGCAUUGACUGGUAUAUGGAGUACUUCCCCCUGCCCUCCAACACCAGUUCAGACUACUACUUUGAGAAGAGUGCCAACUACUUUGACUCUGAGGUGGCCGCUCAGAGGGCUGCAGCUCUCCUCCCCAAAGCCAAGAUCAUCACUAUCCUCAUCAACCCCGCAGACAGAGCCUACUCUUGGUACCAGCACCAAAGAGCCCAUGAUGACCCAGUGGCAUUGAAAUACUCCUUCCAUGACGUCAUCACUGCAGGCCACGAUGCUCCAGUAAAACUACGGGUCCUCCAGAAUCGCUGCCUCGUGCCAGGCUGGUACGCCAUCCACAUGGAGCGCUGGCUCAACUACUACCACUCCAGCCAGCUGUUAGUCUUGGAUGGACAGAUGCUAAAGACUGAACCUGCUUCUGUCAUGGAUAAAAUCCAGAAGUUUUUGGGCCUGGCCAACAUCAUCAACUACCAUAAGAUCCUAGCGUUCGACCCUAAGAAAGGCUUCUGGUGUCAGCUGCUGGAGGGGGGAAAGACCAAGUGUUUGGGGAAGAGUAAAGGACGCAGGUACCCUGACAUGGACCCUGAGUCCCAGGCAUUCCUCAGGGAGUACUACAGGGAUCACAACAUUGAGCUGUCCAAGCUACUCUACAGGAUGGGUCAGCCUCUGCCCAGCUGGCUCAGAGAAGAACUGGUCCACACGAGGUAGCAUCACCACAGGAGGAGCCCACAGCUCCGCUCGCUGAACCGCCGCUUGACCCUGCUUGGGAUUGGGGUGGUGGUGGUUGUAGGGGGGACUUGCCAUGUGGCCUGAUAUGUUGAAGAUCCCAAAUAGUUUUGAAAGAGAGUGAAGAAUAUGGAGAUUGAGGAUGGGAUGCCCAGCUCAAACUCAAAACUUAACCACGAUCUUCCCAAAUGGUAAGCAAGAAUAGAGCAUAGUUGCUUUCAGCAGCUGAUAGCUCCGCCCUCUCUUCCUGAGCUUCGGGAUCCCGUUACUCCCCUGCAGGACAAACCAGGACCAUGGAGCCCUAAUGAAUGACCUCCAGUGUAUCCUGAAGAAGAAGAAAAAUUCUCAGUGGUGUGCAGGAGAUAACUUCACUGUUUGAUAAUCACAGCCCUGCUCUCCUCAAUCAAACCUACUUGUCUUCACGUGAACUUCUUGAAAAUCAAAGAAAGGAAAAAAAAAAAGUCUGAGGCUUGAGCAGUCUUGACCGUUUCAGCUUUAGGAAACAAGUGAAAGUGAUGAACAUCUCCUUCGUCUCCAUCAAUGAAGUUGUGUUGGGGAUAGAUUUGAAGAGGCAGCAUAACAUUGACUAAAUGAAUGACGAUGAUGGACAGAGAGACAUUGGUUGCAAAUGCCUUUGACAUAAGUGAAGUGUUAGUAUGGGAGGAGAAUGGGACAUUUGAAGUCUUGACUCAGGCUGCAUGUUGUAGCCUCACUUGAUAGGCCUUGGUAGAAUCUAGUUAUCGCAUUUACAAGUGCCAGGAGAGAAUCUUCAUUAAAAUAUUACCAUGUGCUCUUUUGAGGGGUUUUUUUGUUUUGUUUUGUUUUGUUUUUUUCAAGUUUUAUGGUUUGUUUUCUUUACUCAGAUUUUGUUUUAACAUUUCUAUAAUGCCGAUAGCAAUGCAUUAUUGUAGAAUGUACCAAAACUAAACAUCUUAGCUCAGUUUUCUCAUGAAGACCAGAUGUACAGUAGGCCGGUUUGUUAAACUGUUUGACUCAGCCAUGAACAGUAGGAUAGAUGUUGAAAGCACAAUAUUUAAGGCACUCAAGUGAGCAUAACAGGUUACUGGAAAGCACACUAACAAAGUGAAUCCUGCUACAAUCUGUGAAGAAGAUCAUAAGCUAGCUGCUGUAUGUUUAAUGAAACACUCUGGUCCAACAGAUUCAGAUAGUAUACAGAACAAGAUUGUUCAUUUCAAAUGUGUUCUCAGCAUUGUUUUUCUUUUUCUUUUCUUUUCUUUUUUUUGUCAAAACUGUAUAUUUUGUCCCAUAUUUUGUCAUUUCACUCACUACAUGACUUUAUGUUUGGAGGAGUGUGGGGAGUGUGCUGUCUCUGGGAAAACAAAAACAUUAAAAGUUUCCAGGAAAACCAACAGUAUGCCCACUGAGACCGUACGGACGUUUGGUUGUCGAUCGAGGUGUUACCACUGCAACUAGAUGUCAAGCAUAGAUAACAAAAAGCUGCUCUUAUUGCAAUAGUUUUGUACAAUGUUCUGAUGUAAUAACAAUGCACAUGUUGGUCCUUUAUUUCCAGACUUUGUAAUGUACAUAAUACGCAACCCUCGGUAGACCUAAAUUAUUGAAUGUGUUUCGGUUUACACUCGCCAUCAGCCCAUUCCCAUAGUGUGACAAGUCAGUGCUGUACUGAGGGGAGUUUUGGAAUACUUCAUUGUGUGGAGGUUCGUCGCUAAGAUUGUUUCCUCUCAUGUCCUCUCACUGCCAACUGUUGUAAACAGGUACUGAGUCUCUCCAUAUAAAGUAUUAAGUGAUAACACAUAACAGCAAUGAUGGUACUAAUCUCCUGGACUGUAUGAUAAAGAUUUGUAAUUGUUGUCAAUAAUUUUUACAGUGUAACUAAUAUUGUCGGUGCUUUUUAAUUUGCAAAUAAAACACCACUGUAUUUUUCAGUA